AUGCUGAUCUUCCAACCUUUAGUCGUCAGCACUCCACUGCUCAAGAUACCCCUUCUAGUCGCUUACGCCACAUCCAUGUACACUGCGUGGACCCCUCCAAAGACAAAAGCGUUGCCAGAGAUGGUUCAAUCUGAUGUCACUCAGACGGAUUUUAUAACCCGGAGCAUGAGAGUGCAGGUCGCCCUCGCGACACCCUGCAAGGUUCGUCUCAUCUCCCCCCGCAGCCCCACGCCUCGCUCAUCCACGUCGCACUACCUCCUCUGCGGCUUAGCCGUGGUUGAGGCGUGCCUCCUCGUGUCGUACCAUGCUCCCCAGAACUUUGUUUCGGACAAUAUCAUCGCACUCUUCGGCCGGGGCCUCACGGCAUCCUCCCUUCAACCAUCCCCCAUCUCCUUCGUUGGCUUGGCCUGCGCUACGUUCGGAGCACAAAUCCGCAUAUGGUGCCAUCAAGCCCUCGGGAAGUACUUCACGUGGAAGGUCUCCGUACAUGACGACCACAAGCUCAUCACCGACGGCCCCUACGCCAUCGUCCGCCACCCGAGUUAUCUAGGCUGGCUCCUUGUGGCCGCCGGGAACCUCACGUACCUCUUCGACCCAGCUUCGUACUUCGCCGCUUCAGGGUUCGCCGGAACGACAGCAGGAAGGGCGACGGCAACGUUUGUGGUGCUGCAGGCCGUGCAGUUGACAGUGGGUCUGUUGGGGAGGAUGGAUCAGGAAGACAGGAAGCUGAAGGAGACGUUUGGAGACCAGUGGAGAGCAUACGCUGCGCACGUUCCUUACAGCGUCGUUCCGUUCGUGUAUUAG